AUGGUGAUACAAUACAUUCUAGUGGUGACACCAUACAUUCUAGUGGUGACCCCAUACAUUCUAGUGGUGACCCCAUACAUUCUAGUGGUGACCCCAUACAUUCUAGUGGUGACCCCAUACAUUCUAGUGGUGACCCCAUACAUUCUAGUGGUGACCCCAUACAUUCUAGUGGUGACCCCAUACAUUCUAGUGGUGACCCCAUACAUUCUAGUGGUGACCCCAUACAUUCUAGUGGUGACCCCAUACAUUCUAGUGGUGACCCCAUACAUUCUAGUAGUGACCCCAUACAUUCUAGUGGUGACCCCAUACAUUUUAGUAGUGACCCCAUACUUUCUAAUGGUGACCCAAUACAUUCUAGAGGUGACACCAUAUAUUCUAGUGGUGACACCAUAUAUUCUAGUGGUGACACCAUAUAUUCUAGUGGUGACCCCAUACAUUCUAGUGGUGACCCCAUACAUUCUAGUGGUGACCCCAUACAUUCUAGUGGUGACCCCAUACAUUCUAGUAGUGACCCCAUACAUUCUAGUAGUGACCCCAUACAUUCUAGUGGUGACCCCAUACAUUCUAGUAGUGACACCAUACAUUUUAGUGGUGACCCCAUACAUUCUAGUGGUGACCCCAUACAUUUUAGUGGUGACCCCAUAUAUUUUAGUGGUGACCCCAUACUUUCUAAUGGUGACCCAAUACAUUCUAAUGGUGAUACAAUACAUUCUAGUGGUGACCCCAUACAUUCUAGUGGUGACCCCAUACAUUCUAGUGGUGACCCCAUACAUUCUAGUGGUGACCCCAUACAUUCUAGUGGUGACCCCAUACAUUCUAGUGGUGAUCCCAUACAUUCUAGUGGUGACCCCAUACAUUUUAGUAGUGACCCCAUACAUUCUAGUGUUGACCCCAUACAUUUUAGUAGUGACCCCAUACAUUCUAAUGGUGACACCAUACAUUUUAGUAGUGACCCCAUACUUUCUAAUGGUGACCCAAUACAUUCUAGAGGUGACACCAUAUAUUCUAGUGGUGACCCCAUACAUUCUAGUGGUGACACCAUAUAUUCUAGUGGUGACCCAAUACAUUCUAGAGGUGACACCAUAUAUUCUAGUGGUGACACCAUAUAUUCUAGUGGUGACCCCAUACAUUCUAGUGGUGACCCCAUAUAUUUAG